CAGCUGAGGAGUAGUGAGGAAUGAGGAACGAGGUCAGGUUAUGUUAGAUGAAGUGAGAAGGAACAGUUUCAUUACACACCUUACUUAACCCCAAAAGGGUUCUACCCGAAACUAAAAAGUGUUCUCUUAUGGAAACAGCCGAAGAACGCUUUAGGAACCCUUUUUUCUAAGAGUGUGGUAGUAAACCGCAGGGGGUAGAGGUGAUGGGAGAAGAACAGAUGAGAUGGUGGUCUGUCGUACUGAGGGAGAAGUUGGUUGAUGCAUGCAAAGUCUGAGCAGUGGAACGCAACCUCUGCUCAAGUGUAAAAAGGUGAACCUCCUGUUAUAACUGAUUGCGACUUGGGGGCAUACAAAAACACACACCUGAGCGGUCUGCCAGGUUGGUGGGUGAAAGUGUGACUCAUUUCCUUUCCUGGAGACGUCAGUCUUCUGCUGGGCUGUAAAAGGAGGUGAGGUGGUUCCGUGUUCACUAGGUCAGAGGACGGUUCACCAGGAACACGGAUUACCAUGGAGAGAAAAGGCUUGCGUUGCAUCUUUGUCUUGUUGCUACCACUGGCCUUAGAGUCUGCAGACAUACCUGUCCUUAACUCAACAAAAGACCUCAGGAACAUCGAGUUUGGCCACAGAUUCCCUCGUCAUGGCCUAAUGCUGCUACACUUCGUCUCGGGCGGCCUAAACGUCGAUAACGACGAUACACUCAUACCAACGUUCUUACCAGAAAGGGGAGACUGGGGCUUCCAUCACUUCAAUAACUAUGAAGUUUUUCCACAACUGCAAAAUCAGAACAGACAGGGUUACUACGAAGUCGGGAAUAUCAACACACCAACAGCAUACUCACUUGAUCCUUAUGUCACUCUCAGCUACUACCUUACCCCAGGAAACUUAGAGAGGAACAUGGACAGGUUAGUUGUCAGAACAAGCCCCAACAGUCCACUGUUAGAGGCAGUCUACAUCACUCAGCACUAUCGAAGAAGCAGUGAGUAUGACCACAAAAACACCUACCAGAUCAGCCCCGCCCUCCUGAGGGAGAUCAGGACCCUCUCGCAAAACUGGGUGAACAGUGAGGACGUGUUUCUGUACGCUGCCGGUUAUGACGUAGACUCCAGAACCUUCACAUGGAACUGCUCUGCCACUGAUAGCACAUACACGGUUGAAGACACAGGCAGAAUGACUCUAAAUGAGUCCCCUGCUAUAAUGAAAGGGGCCGUGGUGAAUGACCACCACACAGCGUGCUAUGCUGUUGUGCUCCAGGUGAAAUCCACAGAAAGUGGGUACGCCCGGCUCAGAUGGGCCAAUGUCCCUGACAGCCUACUUGAUGUGGGGGUGAUGCUGGCACUCUUUAAUAAAGAUGGAAAGAAUCUGUUAUCUCGCUCUCUUGACACGCGUAGCUACGGAACCUAUGACACCAACCAGUACCUUAACCACGGGCUACAGGUCAAGCUCCUCUCCAAGGACGGGUCAGAUGUCUUCAUGAGAGGACCUAAGUAUGAUGACGCAGACAGGAAGGUUCCUGUUGGCAUCGAGGGGUAUGACGCCAGUCUGCAGCUCUACACUAAAGACGGCUACGGAUGCGCUCGCCUGUUCAUCAAAAAGACCUUCACUGAUUGGAAGACUGAUUUAAGACUGAAGUACUCGUGGGUUGGAUUCUACACCAAUCACAACUAUUCUAGUCAUUGUUACUAUACUUACCAGUAUGCUAUCUAUUUCACUAAACAGGAUGACACAUAUGAUAUAUAUGAUAAAUAUGAUAUAUAUUCGUAUGAGUCUAGUUUGUCCAUUCAACCUGGAGCUCAAGCUCGAUUCUUCCUCAAGGAAACAUAUGAUCAAACUCUGGCAAAAACUAAACCAUGGGAAUGGUAAAAAGGUGUCUGGAGGAUUGCUGGUAUUAGUAUUAGUGUCUCCAGUCAUGAGCGAGGUACUUAACCCCUCAGACUGUUGAGCGAAAACAGUCAUUUAGGGAGAAACCAGCAGAAUCUUACAACACUUGGAAAGAAAUUGGAAAGCAACUGUGUUAAUUUAAAGCACCCAACAGAGAACACCUCAGUCAUGUGAUUAACAAAGAGCCCUGUCUCUACCGCUUACACAACACCACGCCGUCUCCGUGGCGACAGGGAGCAGCCAAUCACCAUGCUGACGGCAGUAGAGAGCAGACAGGAUUGGACACAUCUGACCCUUCUGUAACUCAGAGACCGAUUAGACUACUACUAAAAUAUGUUUAGUCUCAGGUAUUAAGAUGGAGAUGUAGGGAGAGUGAAUGUUUGUUAUUGACCUCUGUCAUUGCCAACAAAGGGUAUAUAACAAAGUAUUGAGAUAAACUUUUGUUAUUGACCAAAUACUUAUUUUCCACCAUAAUUUGCAAAUAAAUUCAUUAAA